UCUGGGGGGGUCAGAGCCCAGAGUUGUCCAGCCAGAGCCCUGUGUGGUCUAGCUCGGGCCCCAACAGCAGUCUUGGGUCGCAGCUGCCCACGGGGCAGCCACAAGGACCUCAGCCAUGAAUGGCACGGAGGGCCCCAACUUCUACGUGCCCUUCUCCAACAAGACGGGUGUGGUGCGCAGCCCCUUCGAGUACCCGCAGUACUACCUGGCCGAGCCCUGGCAGUUCUCCAUGCUGGCUGCCUACAUGUUCCUGCUGAUCGUGCUUGGCUUCCCCAUCAACUUCCUCACGCUCUACGUCACAGUUCAGCACAAGAAGCUGCGCACACCUCUCAACUACAUCCUGCUCAACCUGGCCGUGGCCGACCUCUUCAUGGUCUUUGGAGGCUUCACCACCACCCUCUACACCUCUCUGCAUGGAUACUUCGUCUUCGGGCCCACGGGAUGCAACCUGGAGGGCUUCUUUGCUACCCUGGGUGGUGAAAUUGCCUUGUGGUCCUUGGUGGUCCUGGCCAUCGAACGGUACGUGGUGGUAUGCAAGCCCAUGAGCAACUUCCGCUUUGGGGAGAAUCACGCCAUCAUGGGGCUCGUCUGUACCUGGAUCAUGGCACUGGCCUGUGCCGCACCCCCACUAGCCGGCUGGUCCAGGUAUAUCCCAGAAGGCAUGCAGUGCUCGUGUGGGAUCGACUACUACACCCUCAAGCCCGAGGUCAACAACGAGUCCUUCGUCAUCUACAUGUUCGUGGUCCACUUCACCAUCCCCAUGAUCGUCAUCUUCUUCUGCUAUGGACAGCUGGUCUUCACAGUAAAGGAGGCGGCUGCCCAGCAGCAGGAGUCAGCCACCACCCAGAAGGCCGAGAAGGAAGUCACCCGCAUGGUCAUCAUCAUGGUCAUCGCGUUCCUGAUCUGUUGGCUGCCCUAUGCCAGCGUGGCCUUCUACAUCUUUACCCACCAGGGCUCCAACUUUGGCCCCAUCUUCAUGACCCUCCCGGCAUUCUUUGCCAAGUCAUCCUCCAUCUACAACCCCGUCAUCUACAUCAUGAUGAACAAGCAGUUCCGGAACUGCAUGCUCACCACCCUCUGCUGUGGCAAGAACCCACUGGGUGAUGACGAAGCAUCCACCACGGCCUCCAAGACGGAGACCAGCCAGGUGGCACCGGCCUAAGCCCUGCCAAGGACUCUGAUGCCGACCGUAGGAGUCUCCUGUCCCCCAGCACCCACCCCCAGCAACAGCUGUCCCGCCAGGAGCCAUGCCUGUGGCAAUCAGGUCUCACAGGCUCCAUGAGUUGUUGUUUUUUUAAAGAAUUAAUGAGAGAAAAACAAGGCUCCCCACCCAACAGGGACGGCUCAGUCUGGAGUCCUGAGUUCUCAGGGGCCGGUGGGAUCUGUACCCCUCCUCCCCCCAACUCAUUCUCCGGAACAGAAGAAUUCUUGCUGUCUGGGAAAGUGUCCUGGCUUAGGGAUAAGUAUCUAGCACAGAGUGGGGCACACAAUAGGUGCUUAAUAAAUGCUAGAUGGAGGAAGGAAGGAAUGAAUGGAGGAAUGAAUGAAGAGACGAAUGGGCAGGGAGAGCACAUUGUCUUCUCAAAACCACCCCAGCAGCAGCAGCCCCUUGGGUGAUGACCUUGAGUGAUUGAUUGUUUUCCCCCUGGGCCUCACUUUCUUUCCCUGCAAAAUGGGAAUCCCCCCAAUAAAUAAAUAAAUAAAUAAAUAAAUAACACGGGAAUUUCAGUCCUCGGUCCCGCCAUACAUGGCUGCUGUGAAGAUCAGAUGAGAUGUGUGUGUGUGUGCCUGUAUAUUAGAGUACUUCAUAAAUGGUAAGGAGCUGUACAGACUGUAGUUAAUGUUAUGAACAAUAUCAACUAUUAAUAUAAUUAAUAAAUUACUAUGAUCAUCUCUUCUUGAUAGUGACCAUUUUGAGAGUGGACAUGGCCCUGACUAUCCAGCCUCAACAGGCAUUUUAAAAAGUAGCCAGGAGUCCAAGCCAGACCAGGCCUAGGGGUUGGGCCACAGGGCGGGAGAGUUGAGUGAAUACAGAAUGCAGCCGUCCAACCUGAAAAACUACCAUCAGACUGGACUCUGGGGCCAAGGCCCAGGGUCUAACCUCUGGCCUGGAACCCCAGGCCAGUGCCUCCCCUUCCCAGUGCUGCUUGUGAAGAGAUAGGCCUUUUUCUCGGCUUCUGGAAACCGCAGGCUCACCUACCCAGCACUCGGGCCACGGCUUGUCUGGGCCAACAUGGAACUUCCAGAAGCUAUGCUCACCUGCCCACAUUUAAUAAAGAGCUGAGUCUCCAAUGUCA